GGCAAAAAUAAAGUCAAGAGCGACUCUGCCUCGAUCUCUCUCCUUCUCUCUUUCUUUUCUUUUGGUCGCAUAAUAAUCAGAGAGACGAGAGAAAGAGCGUAAAAAGACGAAUUUGACCUUCGUCCGCGGAGCUGCUUUUUCUUCUUCGUCUUUUCUCGCGUCUGCUAGUUUUUGCUGUACGGUCACCAUGAACGAGAAGGCCAACGUUACCAAGGAGCUCAACGCCAAGCACAGAAAGAUACUGGAAGGGCUUCUUAAAUUGCCAGAGAAUAGGGAAUGUGCUGACUGCAAAGCUAAGGGUCCAAGAUGGGCUAGCGUGAAUUUAGGUAUCUUUGUAUGCAUGCAGUGUUCUGGGAUCCACAGAAGUCUUGGGGUACACAUAUCGAAGGUGCGAUCUGCUACUUUGGACACAUGGCUUCCAGAGCAGGUUGCUUUUAUCCAAUCAAUGGGAAAUGAGAAGGCAAAUAGUUACUGGGAAGCAGAGCUACCUCCAAACUAUGACAGAGUUGGAAUUGAGAAUUUUAUUCGUGCAAAGUAUGAAGAUAAGAGAUGGGUUUCUAGGGACGGACAACCAAAACCACCUUCUAGAGGAUGGGAAGAAAAGACUUCCACACAUUGGCAGAGACCUGGAGAAAGAAGUGGGCAUGGGUAUGUAGGAAAUUCUGAAAAAACUUUUGAGGAAAGGAAGAACAUUCAAUCAGCUAGUACACAACAAAGUGUUCCUGCUGCAAGAAUCAGUCUUCCUGAUCCUCCAAAAGGUCCUGAACAGGUUGUACAUGCCCCAAGACCGCAAGAUGUUCAGAAAAUAGAACCAGCAGUUCUGCCAGCUGCAGCAACAAAGCAAGUUGUUGACACUGCUCCUCCUGCCCCUCCAAAAGUUGAUUAUGCUAUUGACCUUUUCAACAUGCUUUCAGUGGAUGAUGGUCCAAGUGAGAACGGUUCAGAUGCAGCAUCUGCUGAAGAUAAUGAUUGGGCAGGUUUUCAGUCUGCUGAAAAGGCAUCAACAGCUGCUGAAAAGAUAUCAACAGCUGAGAAAACUGCUCCAUCGAGUGAAGCAGGGAGCCAUAGUAAAUCUUCAUCAGGAAUUGAGGAUCUAUUUAAAGAUGUACCUUCACUGACACCUGUUUCAGAGAAACCCCAGAAAGACUUAAAAAAUGAUAUUAUGAGUCUUUUUGAAAAGUCCAGCAUGGUGUCACCCUUCGCCAUGCAUCAGCAGCAACUUGCAAUGCUGGCUCAGCAGCAGUCUCUUCUCAUGGCUGCUGCAGCUAAAUCUGCUGGCAUGGAUCAAAAGUUUCCUGGUAUUAUUCAACAACCUGUGUCCAAUGGAAGCAAUUUACCCUCCCAAAGUUGGCCAAAUGUUGGCUACCAAAUUCCAGGAUUGAUGAUGCCUGUAGAUGGACAGGCUGACCUACAGAAAGUUACACAGAGUCAGACAAAGAUCAUGGGACCGGCACAUUCACUGGGGAGCUCUGUUCCAUAUUCAACAUCUAGCUUUUAUGAUAUGGCCCAAGUUAACCCAGUUAAUGGCGCGAGAAACGAUGGAGCGAAUAAGACUCAAUCUCCGUCUCCCGUAUCAUCUGCGACUUCUGCACAAUCGGCAAAAGAUUAUGAUUUCUCUUCUUUAACACAAGGGAUGUUUGCAAAACAGUGAGGAGCCUUGGGGGUUGAUAAUCCCGGCCUUGUUAUACCAUACAAAAACAGUUGAAUUACAGACAAAAAUUACCUUUUUUUCGGUCCUCAUUUCCACCUGUACUGAGGUUGUAAACUAUUUGUAGAGGCAGUGCCACUUUUUAGCUUUUCUCUGGGUGAUUACUUCAUUUGUAUGAUUAGGUGCUAUUUGAGUAAUAAGAUGGGUUUAGAUUGAUCACAAUGAUUUCCUUUCCGCUUCAAUUGUGUUAUUUGGAAGAACCUAAAAACACCUCAAGAACAAUGCCUAUAUAUGCAUGAUCUUUGGAA